GCGGCGAGUGGUUAGUUCAGCCAAUAGGAGGAAAGAGUUGUAUUGUGCUUGCUGCUGGUUGGCUGGUUUUGUUUGCUGCGGAAGUAAUUGUACAACAUGGCUAGUGAAGGUGAGAGCAAUAAUCUUGCUGGCGUACGGCACAUUAUCCUGGUGUUGUCGGGGAAAGGAGGAGUCGGCAAAAGUACCAUCUCCACAGAGAUCGCACUGGCACUGCGUCGUGUGGGGAAAAAGGUUGGAAUUCUAGACGUAGAUUUGUGUGGGCCUAGUAUACCUCGUAUGCUGAAUGCUCACAAAAAGGAUGUCCACCAGUGUGAUGGUGGCUGGGUGCCAGUCUAUGUGGACCAAGAGAAGAGCAUCUCCCUCAUGUCUAUUGGCUUCCUGCUGGAGCACCCUGAUGACGCUGUGGUAUGGAGAGGACCCAAGAAGAAUGCUCUAAUAAAACAGUUUGUCAGUGAUGUGGCCUGGGGAGAACUGGACUUCCUUAUUGUGGACACCCCACCAGGAACAUCAGAUGAACAUAUAACCACCGUGGAUGCUCUGCGACCCUUCAAUCCAAUGGGAGCGGUAUUGGUCACCACUCCACAGGCUGUAUCCAUUGGAGAUGUCAGACGGGAGCUGACGUUCUGUAGGAAGAUGGGUCUUCCAAUCAUUGGCAUUGUAGAGAACAUGAGUGGAUUUGUGUGCCCACAUUGCACG